GGAGAGCCGGGGAGGGAGAGGAGAAGGAGGUGGGGCCCGGCCCCUCGUCCCCUCUCCCUCCGCCCACCACGCCUCCCCUCCCCCCGGACGUGGAACUGGGACUCUGCAAACUGGAAAGCAGCGAAAGGACACCUCCUUCCUUUUCUCUCGUGUUGUUUUUAAGAGCAAUGAGAGAGACAUUGGUAUGAGAGAAGAGUGGAGAGGGAAAAGAAGAGAGAAAGGGAGAAAAGAGAGACAGGAGAGAGAGAAAGAGCAAGAGAGAGAGAAACAGAGAAAGAAAAAAUAGGCUGGGAUAAAGUAUUUCAGCAGUUUCUGCCUUUGGGGUUUUAUUAGCUUCUCGCCCCCAGGCCGCGGCCAAUCAGCGCGCGUGCCCGGGCCCUGCGUCUCUUGCGUCAGGACGGCCGUGCUGAGCGAAUGCAGCGCCCUGCGAGCUAGGAGCGAUUUAAAACGCUUUGGAUUCCCCGGGCCUGGGUGGGGAGAGCGAGCUGGGUGCCCCCUAGAUUCCCCACCCCUGCACCCCAUGAGCCGACCCUCGGCUCCAUGGAGCCCGGCAAUUAUGCCACCUUGGACGGAGCCAAGGAUAUCGAAGGCUUGCUGGGAGCGGGAGGGGGGCGGAAUCUGGUCGCCCACUCCCCUCUGACCAGCCACCCAGCGGCGCCUACGCUGAUGCCUGCCGUCAACUAUGCCCCUUUGGAUCUGCCAGGCUCUGCGGAGCCGCCAAAGCAAUGCCACCCAUGCUCCGGGGUGCCGCAGCGGGCGUCUCCAGCUCCCGUGCCUUAUGGCUACUUUGGAGGCGGGUACUACUCCUGCCGAGUGUCCCGGAGCUCGCUGAAACCCUGUGCCCAGGCGGCCACCCUGGCUGCCUACCCUGCGGAGACUCCCACGGCUGGGGAAGAGUACCCCAGCCGCCCCACUGAGUUUGCCUUCUAUCCGGGAUACCCGGGAACCUACCAGCCUAUGGCCAGUUACCUGGACGUGUCUGUGGUGCAGACCCUGGGUGCUCCUGGGGAGCCGCGACAUGAAUCCCUGUUGCCCGUGGACAGUUACCAGUCCUGGGCCCUCGCCGGUGGCUGGAACAGCCAGAUGUGUUGCCAGGGAGAACAGAACCCACCAGGUCCCUUCUGGAAGGCAGCAUUUACAGACUCCAGCGGGCAGCACCCUCCUGACGCCUGCGCCUUUCGUCGCGGCCGCAAGAAACGCAUUCCGUAUAGCAAGGGGCAGUUGCGGGAGCUGGAGCGGGAGUAUGCGGCAAGCAAGUUCAUCACCAAGGACAAGAGGCGCAAGAUCUCAGCUGCCACCAGCCUCUCGGAGCGCCAGAUCACCAUCUGGUUUCAGAACCGCCGGGUCAAAGAGAAGAAGGUUCUCGCCAAGGUGAAGAACAGCGCUACCCCUUGAGAGAUCUUCCUGCCUGGGUGGGAGGAGGGAAAGCAGGGGUGUCCUGGGGAGAACAGGAACCUGUCAAGCCCAGGCUGGGGCCAAGGACUCUGCUGAGAGGCCUCUAGAGACAACAUCCUUCCCAGGCCACUGGCUCCUGGACUGUUCCUUAGGAGUGGCCUGGGUACCCAGUAUGUGCUGGAAGAGGGAAGCCCCAUGUGACAGCCCAUUCCACCAGGGUUCCCAAAGAACCUGUUGCAGUCAUAAUCAUUCAUCUUGACAGUGGCGAUAAUCACUAUAACCAGUACUAGCUGCCAUGAUCGUUAGCCUCAUAUUUUCUAUCUAGAGCUCUGUAGAGCACUUUAGAAACUGCUUCCAUGACUUGAGCUGAUUAUGAAUAAACUUGGAAGGCGAUCCCUUUGCAGGGAAGCUUUCUCUCAGACCCCCUUCCGUUUACACCCCCCAUGUUGGUACCAGCAGGAAGACUGAGGACAGGAGAAAGGGCAGGUUCGCUUGUGUGGCUGUGAUGUCCAUUUAGCAUUUUUCUCGGAUGACAGCUGGGCAGGUAGACAAUUGUAGAGGCUGCCUCUUCCUCCCUCCUUGUCCACCCCAUAGGUUGUACCCACUGGUCUCAGAAGUCCCCAUCCUUAACUCUUAGAUUUUCUCCCAUCAUGUGAAAAUGAAGCGAGCAGGCUGCCCCUAGUCAGUCCUUCCUUCCAGAGAAAAAGCGGUCUGAGAAAAUG